ACUUAUUUUUUUCAUUUUUGUAUUAAACUGUCUAACAAUAUCCUACAUACUACUACUACAUUUAUAUUGUAAUUGUACAGAUGUUAAUUUUAUUUGUUACUCGAAACAAAUUUGAAAAUUGUAUUUUACAACAUUAUCGAUUGAGAACCUCUGUUAGGAUCGAUAAUCGACACGUGUAAACACGAAAGAGGUGCGCUAGGUGCACAAUGAUAUAUCGUAUACAUGUUUUUAUUUUUCUAACACUAUUUGUUCAUUUUAUAAACGCAUUCUAAUUAAUUUUAAGUCUUCUAGCGUCAAUAGAUGUAUAAUAGAUUCGUAAAAUAUAGUGUCACAUCGACUGAGGUUAUAUUUUAUAGGAAUACUACGGUUUAUAGGUUAUGCUUCAUAACCUAAAUACCUGUAUUCGUCUGACAUUAAGUAGUAGUGAAGAUUCUGUACGUAAUGAAACAUGAAUUUACUCGUGCACCUCGUUUGAAAAAGAAAACAUUAAAAACGCAUAAGAGUCUCGAAUAAAAACAACUGUUUCCCCCUGUAAAAUGGACGAGGUAGAUUACAAGUUAGACUCAGGGAAUCCUGUUUUGAUAUCGCACGCAAUAUCGAAGCUUUUCGAUUCCAUUAAGAAAAAAAAGAACGAUCAACAGACGGAUCAUGUUUCAAAGACAGCUGAAUUUAAAUUACUGUUAACCAAGCGAGAUAGCGGAGAUACCGUACUUAGUAUAUCCGCUUGUCAAGGCUUAAUCGCUCUAGUAGAAAAUGGAUUAUGGGAUAUUAGCGAAGCACUAUCUACCUUCACGUCGAGUCUUUCCUCCAUACGAAAUUAUACGGUUGCUGCCACGGCCCUAAGUCGCUUAUUAAUACUGGAUCUCAAGUAUGAUAAAGAAAAUAAAAUCAUGUACCCAUUUACUCUGCAUGUACCACAGCAUCCGUUUAUAAUGAUUUUAACUCGGGAUAAACGGAGCUGGCAAACUGUAUUAAAUCAAAUGAUGUUCAUUAUGAAUCAUCCGGAUCCUCGAGUUAAAGAAAGCUGUAUAGAAAUGUUACGUCCCGUAUUCUUGUAUAUUUUAUGUAAUCCCUCUGUGGAUUCUGUGGACUGCUGUAUGCAACAAGCAUGGCAGCUUUUAAUCAAAUCGAAACAUAGUAUACAUUUGCAGACUGAAAUUUUACUGUGGCUGUGCACAGCUGAAACUUACUCCUGUAUAAAUGCAAACUACAGAUUCUUAGAACUUUCAGAGAAAGCUUUACUAGAGAAGAAUAAAGAAUAUUGCACAGCUUUGUUGCCAAUGAUGGCAUCUAUGAUCAUACAACUGCUAAAACAAGGAUCCGACCCGAAACCAAAUUUCGAUGCUAUGUCUAGUAUCAUAAAUUACUGUGACAACCGUAUAGGAGAUCUUGCGUUAGUAUUGAUGGCGGAAAUAAUUGUUUCGUGCCCAGCUAUCUACUUGUACAAUGCUAUGCAAAUGUGUGUACUUAUAACGAGUAAACUGUGCUGUAGUGAUAUCUUCUUAAACGUUUUGCUAGCAUCUAUUUUAAAAUGGAUGGCAUAUCCAUCCGUGCUAUGUUCGGACGCUUUGGACGUGGCAAGAGAUUUAAUACAAACAAUGUUCGCCAAAGCAAAACCUACGGAAAACAACGGCACGAUAUUUUCAAGCAGAAUAUUUACUAUAUUUACUUACUCCGACUCGCAUAUUCAAUUUUAUACCGAAAUUAUACGUUGUUUAAGUGUCUGGAAAGUAAACGAUGUUAUAUCGUGGUUGAAGAGUAUGUUAAAUGUACCGUUCGACUUGAAAGAUAAAUGUAAAUUAUUGAUAUCUGGUCUUCUUUUGCAAACACACGAGCCUCAGGUGACCGAGUUCUGUUGUAACGUACUCAUUGAUGUCGCAAAAGACAAAAAAGAUUUUGGAUCGCAUGUAUUGUCAUUGAUACUGCAUAAAUUAACAAAGUCUAGAAGUAGUUUAGAAUCGAAAUAUUUAUUACUCGCUGUGCCAGAACUCGUUAUUACCAAAGGAAACAUUCCGAUCAUUACUCACACAUUGGAUACGCUGUUAAACGGUGGCAAACAAUUGAAAUAUUUUACUAUUGAAUUGUACCUAAGAACACUUAGGAAAGAACCAAGAUGUCACAGAUUUGUGUCUACCGCGAUAAUUCGAAUGAUAAAAAGCGAUCCGACCUGGUGCUCGGAUGCAACUUGCACAAGAGCUAUGAAGUAUGUAUGUGAAAAUUAUCCCGAACACGGCGAGAAACUGGUACCGUUGAUAUCGCAAAUAUUGAAUCGUUCUACGAACAUGAACGGAGGAACUGCGAGUGCACUCGCGCUCAAAUGUAUAUCCGCUCUUUGCAAAGGAUCGAUAACAGAUAUCUGUUCGACUUGGAAAGUGCUGGCUCCUAAAAUGGAGAAAGAGAAACGUCCUAUUGUUUUAGAAAGCUUGUGCGAAAUGUUUGGCGAUAUCACAUCGUAUCCAUCGUCUCAACACGCCGAAGAAUACGAUGCAUUGAUCAACAACGUUGUAUCAAAACUGUGGCAAUACACAUUGCACAACGACAUCAAAGUCAUCGAGGCUGCAUUUAAAGCGCUAGCUUCCUAUCGGCUGGAACAGAUUCCCUUAAAAGCAUUGCCAGCAGAAUUUAGGAAAGAUCUUGUAUUACCAGCUGCAUACGCGAAAACGCCAAUUGAUGCAGCCAGGAAGCCGGAGGAUGUACUUCCGUACAUACCUGCCACUUGUUGGAUUCAGAUGCUUCAAAGGGUAAAUAAAAUGGCAUUGACAUCAGCUGGAAAUCUUUUAGUUUCUUUAAUAACCGAAGAAGUGAAUGGUUUUCGAUCUGGAAUCUACGUCUGGCCUAAAGGUGAUCCAAAUAACUUCAAAUAUUUGCCAGAGAAAAGUGUAAUAAGAGGCGUCGGUGAAUAUUUGAGACGGUGCGACAAAUCCGAUUCCAGUAAUCAUCGUAUAAUUAUUGAAUGUUUGCGAAUAUUUGCCUACAAAUAUCCGAAACCAUUGCCCAAUAUUAAUUGGAGUUUUCUUAACGAUAUCAUUGAUAUAUCGCUCGAAACCAAGAAAUACGUUCUCUCGAUCGCGUGUCGUCACGCAACGACAUCUCUGUCUGCCAAAUCCUUUAUAGAAAAUUAUCUGUUAAUUUACAAGUCUGUGGAUGAGGCGAACUUAGCUUGUAAAAGCAACGAGUACGCUAUACUGUAUACGCACCUCCAUGAUUUAUGCCAAGCUGUACAACCAAAUUUCCUUAAACCAUUCUUGGAAGUCACAUUGGAGUAUGUAAUUGAAAAGAUGAAUAUUGAGAGCAAAGAAUCGAUAGAGUCGUUUCAAUGCAUCAUGUCUUCAUACGCGCAGGCAUUGAAAAAUCAGGAAACAUACGAUGCCAAUUCUACAUUACUGUCUACUACACUGGAAAAGCUUUUAGACAAAAUAGAUUUGACCUGCAAUCGUUUUGAGUAUUAUUUUACAGCAGCUUUAGAAUUGUCGAUAACGCAUCUGGAACGAAUGACGUCCCCUAAAGUGUGGUGGGAAGUAACACCUUGUAAAUUAAGAAAUGCCAUUGCAAUCAGGGCUCAAUUAGCUUUGAAGAAGGUUUCCGACUCUCCUUUAACUUGGUUAAACGAGAUCAUCGACGACGUUGCAUCGUUGACUAGCGUACAAACUUAUUUUCUCGAGAUUAUGCAAAAAGUGCAGGCUCAAAUGCGAUUUGAUAAGUCCAGUAUAAAUUGGGUGAUAGACUUCACAACUCAGAUGCAAGGACUUUUGAUGGAGUCUCAAAAUCAUUGUGAUAAAGUACAAUUUUAUUGCGAUGUUUUAUUUGUUUCCAUCGUUAGCUUGUCCGGUAUAAAUGAUAUGUUAAUGAAACAAGAUUUAUUGAUUUCAUCGCGAGAUGAUCGAGUACAAUUAUUUCCUGAAGCUCUGAUGGUUCUUUUAAACAGACAGGAUUGGAGGCAUGCAAUUCCACAGAUUAUGGAAUGGUUGAAUCAUAUGAGAACUAGCCCUAUCUCUAGUACAUGUAAGUUCACGUUUCAUCGAUCGUUAAUAUGUUUAAAACACAACGCGUAUUAUAAAGAGGUAUGGACUAAAUAUUUAUCUAUUAAGACUGACAUCAACGUCUGAUUGUAAGUUGUACAUUUUAGAAGCAAACAAUUUUUAUAAUAAAUUGUCUGCUCGUAAUAACUGAAA